AUGUUCCGUCGCUUCCGCGACCCGUGGCAAGGCAAGGCCGUCAGCUUUGGCCAGCUCUCAAGAGGGCUGACGCUGCCCUGGUCCUUCCAGCCGCCACCAACGAAGGCGGCAGCUGCAACGAGCACGCACAACAACGAUGCCACACACACUGCUGUUGCUUAUGAUGGGGACGAGAGUGCUGCUGUUGGGGACGAGAGUGCUGCUGCUGGACGAAGCGCAGGGGAUGAGCGGCCUCGCACUGAUGCUGAACUCAUGGAAGCCGUUGAGAAGCAAGGCAACUUGAAGCUCAACGUCAACCUCCACCAGUUGCGCACAGGCUUCCUCACCGCCUUCAAAACGCUCGUCACUGCACUCAACACCCACGCCCUCGUCGACGAUCCCAUGGUUUCCCCCAGGCUGGGACGAUUCCUGGACGACUGGCGCCGUGCGUACAUCAUGCACGGUGUCUUGCCAACGAUCAAGGUGCUGGAAGAUCCUGAGCCACAACUUCUGCGCCUUCGGGUCCGCCGUGGGUCUUGUGAUAGGCGGAAUAAGGUCUUCUUUGGCCUGUUCUCCCCGGAGGAAGUCAGACACCACUUGAUGGAAGGGGCAUUGGGUCCUGAGUAUCAGCUGGCCAGCCGGUUACACCAGCACGGCCCACAGCGGCUGGUUGCACGCGUUGCCUUCCAGCACACUUACUCGUGGUCGUACACGCCGCUGAAGGAGUCCGUGGCACUGGUGCGCGAACUCACGGGCGAGCAGCCGCCGCUCGACGCACACGACACACAGACCGGUGCCAUCAGUCGCCCGCGAGCAAAGGGAUGGGAGAGGCAACGCGGCAAGAAUGGCGAGGCACAGAAGCCGUCAGCCCACAAGGCCAGCGCGGCGGCAAAGUCGCACGCGCCGUCGCUCAUCGCCAAGGUCUGGUCGUGGCUCAUGGCCAGACCAAGCAAGCCAGCCUCAGCAACCAAGUCUUCAACUGCCCUAUCUCCACGUCAACAACACCAACAGCAACAACAACAGCAGCAACAACAACAGCAGCAGCAGCAGCAACAACAGCGCGGCAGCGAGGUGUUGCAGGCACUGCCGCCAGAGACGACAUCAAGUUGCAUCGUGCACGAGUGGGAGUUUGAGGGCGACAUUGUGGGAGAUGAGGUCGUGGGCUGGCAGAUACGCAACAUCAACAACGUCAUAUUCGCAGUGUAG